AUGGCUGUAUCGUGCGAGUUCAUUCUUUCCGCGUUUCUCGUGAUCAUCACGGGUCUGUUGUUUAUCGACCUGGUGCCUCUUCAGGAGACGAUGCUGUGCCCAGGCAACUACACGAAUGCAAUAGAGUGUCCAGAGGUUUACUAUUCCUCCUCCUAUCAGCUGGCGCGGGAGCGGUUCCUUGCCGCCGCGGAGGCUGCCCAUGCGCAAAUCGAGCAUCACCUCAUCACCAGGAGGGGCCACGUGGAAUACUACAUGGACACCGCCUUCUUUCCCGGUAAGCGGAAGGACAAGCUGCUGGUGCACACCAGUGGCACCCAUGGGGUGGAGGGCUACACGGGCAGCGCCAUCCAAGUGAAGCUGCUGCAAGAGUGGAACGAGACCGCUCUCACCGGCCCGUCCAUUCUCUUUGUGCACGCCUUGAAUCCGUACGGCAUGGCCCACUUCCGCCGUUUCAACGAGGAGAACGUCGAUCUCAACCGCAACUACCUUUCCACCGAGGAGUGGGCUACGGUGAAGGCGCGGGACGAAAAUAUCGCAGGCUAUGAAAAUAUCCGAUUGUUACUCGUGCCAGAGGUACCGCCGCGCUUCAUUGACCGCUACAUGUUCCUCUACGUUGCCGCCAAGAUGCUGGCACGCCACGGAUUCGCCAAGCUGAAGCGCACCUUCGUUACGGGCCAGUACCACGAUCCUGCAGGCAUCAACUACGGUGGCGACAGGGAGCAGAAAAGCAUUUCAGUGUUGCGUAAGGUGCUCAAAGAGCACGCGGCCGCCACUGGCGCGACCGAAGCAGUCUAUAUUGACGUGCAUACAGGUCUCGGUCCCACUGGAGUGGAUACGAUGAUUAUUAAAAGCAGCCAAGAAGCUGAAAAAUGCCGCAAAGUAUUCCCUGGGGUGCGCAUCGACAAUAGCCAAACCGCCACAAGCGGCCCCAGCGCCGGGUACAAUCUCGCCGCCGGCAUUAUCCGUCCCUUGGCAGAGUUGGGACCCAACACCCUUGCUGCCGUGGAGGAGUUUGGAACAGUCAAUCCGAUCUUCGUGGCACGUGCCCUGAUACUUGAAAACGCCGCGUAUCGGCUGUGCCGCGGAAGCUACGUCCAUGCAGUGAUGCAGUCAUGGAUGCGCGACGUCUUCUACCCCCAAGAGAUUGGCUACAAGCGAGCCACGUUGAAACGCGGGUCCGUAGCGUUUUGGAACGCUUGGACGUACCUUGCAGAGAGCCAAGUGUAG